AUGACUGCAACUAUAGAAAACAGUUCCUGCACCUGCGGCAUCUCCGUCUCCGUCUGCUCCGACCUCAAUAUACCACCCAUGCCAAGUUCUUCCAUCCGAUUCCACUGUCUUCUCCUCUUCUGUCCUUUGGGGGUUCUGAUGCUGGUUCGUUGGGGGCAAGAACUCACGAAGCAUGCAGAUGAUACCUCCGAGGACGUCAGCUCCUCCAUCUACGACUGGUCAUGGCCACCCAUAGCCAUGAAGGAGAUCGCCGUUCAGACCACUCCUUCCCCUGGAGACUCAAACGUUUCCUCGCCGGUGUCCUUCGUUGGUGCUAGUGAAGCCUUUAAGGAUUUUCUUAGUGAAAGUUCAGAUUUUCAAGAGAAUGCACAAGGAGAUAGGGCUAGCGUGCGCGUGACACCAUGCCCCAGAAAGAAGGAAAGUUCCCACUGA